AUGAAUGGCUCUCCGACGGCCGAAGACACCUCAGAAGAAAACACCUUCGUAUCUGUCUCGACGACGUUCUAUCCCGGCGCCCAGAACGAUGCCCAAUCACCAGAUCUGACGCUUUUGUCGUCGGAUUCGGUCUUUUUCUACGUCCAUACCCACGUAUUGCUUGGAGUUUCGAAUAACCGUUUCAACUCUCUCAUUCCCUUAUCCACAACGUCCACGGCGAAGGAGCAGAACGUGGUCAUACAUGUACCCGAGACAGCUCCAGUCCUCAACGUCAUUCUGCAUACCACGUAUCGGAUGUCCUGUAUGCACUAUUCACCCUCUUUCGACACACUGGUGACUGCAGUCCAUCAGUUCCCAGUAUAUGGUGUCGACGUCGUAUCUCAUAUAUCACCAUCCGCACCUCUUUACUCCCAUCUUCUGUCGCAUGCACCUCUGUUCCCCAUUGAUCUAUAUGCAUUGGCAGCAUGUUACAAUCUGUAUGAUCUCGCUGUUUCAACCUCACCCCAUCUGCUUUCAUAUCAUCUUCCUGGACUCACGGAUGAGCUCGUGGAUCAAAUUGGUCCAAGGUAUCUUAAGCAACUGUUCUUUUUGCACAUGGGGCGCGCCGAUGCACUGAAGCGAUUACUACUUCCUCCCCCUCAUCCCCAUCCCCCGACUCCUUGGUGUGGCUUCGAGGAACAGAAAAGGUUAUCCCGAGCAUGGGCGCUCGCCUCUGCGUAUCUCGCCUGGGAGGCAAGACCCGACCUUUCCACAAACACGCUGGAGAAUGCCCUGGGUCCUCUAGCAGAGCACCUUUCGUGCCCUGCCUGCAAAGAGGCGCUCACCGUGCGUGUGAAAGAUCUCGUCAUCCAGUGGAGUAUAGUCAAACGUACGAUCUAA